UCACCUGGGAUCUGUAACCUUAACCUCUUGAAGUGAGCGUUUUGGGAACAGACAAUAUGUGCGAAACCUGUCACGAUUAACUGGUGGUGGAGUAGCAUUGUCUUAUAAUGACAAUCACCAAAAACAGAAAAUGCUUAAUAAAUACCAAGGUGCAUGAUAUUUGGGAGAAGAAUGUCCUUUCUAAUUGGAGGAGAUGGGUAACAGAAACCGAAACAACUAAAAACGCUGCCUCAGAUUGACAAACAACCACAGCAGUUAAGCCCAAACGGUCUCUAGAUGUCCGGAGACUUCGUAGGACUAAUGAAAAUGAUAAUUAAAACGUGCUUGUUGGCUAUUGCUCUGGGUCUUGACAUAACCAUAUUUUCUGCACCGGGUUUUGGAGCAUCUAUUUCAAAAAUUGGACAAAUAACUUAUACUUUCGGAUAUAUUGUAAGCGUAUGGAUUGUAGCGGUGAUUCGGUUUGUUUUCUUAGUCAGCGUAUCCGUAACCACACUAGAAUCGAUAAAACCGAUAUUCAAGCGCUGGUUAGCGGCCCAUUGUCUGCUGGUCCCAGUCUACGAGACUGGGCGACUGAUACUCCAUGGACGUUCACUGGAGAGCUCGUGUGGACCGUUGGGGGGUCCACGUUUGUGGCUAGUGUGUACCGUGGCAGCAGCUACAGCAGCAUUUUUUUGGGAGACGACCUUCCCUGACAGCAAUGGAGAAAGUAACGAGAAAGAGAAGAAACAAAAGGCACGAGUCCUAUUCCUGAGAGUCGUCCGCUUUUGCAAACAUGACAGCCUUAUUUUGAUUUGCGCGUUUAUAUUCCUAUCACUAGCUGUCCUCUGUGAAAUGUUUAUUCCAAUCUACACUGGAAAGGUAAUUGACAUAUUGGGUACCAAGUACAUGUGGAAUGACUUUCGUACAGUUAUCAUCUUCAUGGGGCUUUGCUCUUUGGGAAGCUCUUUUAGUGCAGGCUGUCGCGGAGGCCUCUUCAUGUGUGCUAUCAACAGCUUCACCUGUCGAAUAAAAGUACAGCUGUUUGGAGCCCUGGUGAAGCAGGAGAUUGGCUUCUUUGAGACAAUUAAGACAGGUGAUGUCACAUCCAGGCUGUCCACAGACGCCCCUAAAAUGGGCCGGGCAGUGGCCCUGAACGUUAACGUCUUACUGAGGACCGCAAUUAAGACCGUGGGUAUGCUGUCACUCAUGAUGAGCCUGUCCUGGAAACUCACCCUGCUGAUGCUGAUGGAGACGCCCAUCACCGGCCUGCUGCAGAGCAUCUAUGACAACUAUUACCAGAGGCUCGAUAAGGAGGUGCAGGACUCUCUUGCCAGAGCGAACGAGACAGCGGGGGAAACCGUUGCAGGAAUCCGGACUGUACGAAGUUUCAAAACUGAGCAGAUUGAGGCUGGUCGUUAUGACAACAGGUUGAUGGACACCCACAAUAUCAAGACCAGACGGGACACAGUCAGGGCAGUCUACCUGCUCCUGAGGAGACUAAUAGCCCUGGUAACGCAAGUGGCCAUGCUCUACUUUGGCAGGCUGUUCGUCCAACAAGGUCAGAUGACCACCGGGAACCUGGUCUCCUUCAUCCUCUACCAGUCUGACCUAGCAGACAAUAUCAGGACGUUGAUUUACGUCUACGGUGACAUGCUGAACUCAGUCGGUGCAGCUGGUAAGGUGUUUGAGUACCUGGACAGAGAGCCCCACGUCAGCACCAAAGGAACCCUCCAACCAGAGACUUUGACUGGACACAUCUGCUUCCACAACCUCUCCUUCUCUUACCCCACCCGUCAGGAACACAAAAUACUGCAGGACUUUUCUCUGGAGUUGAAGCCGGGGAAGCUGACUGCCCUGGUGGGGCCGUCCGGAGGGGGGAAGAGCACCUGUGUCAGUCUGCUGGAGAGGUUCUACCAGCCUCAGCAGGGAGAGAUCCUAUUGGACGGACAGCCACUGCAAAACUACCAGCACCACUACUUGCACAGGAAGGUGGCAAUGGUGGGCCAGGAGCCUGUUCUGUUUUCUGGAUCCAUCAAGGACAACAUCGCCUAUGGCCUUAAAGACUGCUCUCUGGAAAGGGUACAGGAAGCUGCUUGGAGAGCCAACGCCCAUGGCUUCAUUAGUAAACUGGAAAAGGGCUAUUACACAGAUGUGGGUGAGCGGGGUAACCAGCUGUCUGGCGGUGAGAAGCAGCGUAUCGCCAUCGCCAGAGCUCUGAUCAGAGAGCCACAGGUCCUCAUUCUGGACGAGGUCACGAGCGCACUGGACACUGAGAGUGAACACAUGGUCCAAGAGGCACUUGCUAGCUGCCCCUCCCAGACCGUGCUGGUGAUUGCUCAUAGGCUGAAGACCAUCGAGAGGGCGGAUCAGAUCAUUCUGAUUGACCAGGGGACAGUCCUGGAGCAGGGCACUCACAAGGUCUUGAUGGAGAUGAAGGGGAGCUACUACAAACUAAGAGAGAGGAUCUUCACUGAAGACGACGUCCCAAAGUGAUCAAAGCUGUUCUUUGAACAGUAGUGAUAUUAUGCUCACUCAAAUUCUGAAACAUUUAGUCACUGUAAAUCACAACCACAUCAUUACAGUUGACAUAUAUAAACCAAAUGUAUGUAAAUAUGGAAUUAUGUUCUAUGUAUUGUUUUCUCAUCAGAGAUACAACUUCUGUUAGUUACAUUUUGGUAUGUUGGAUGAGUUGUUUUUGAUUUUAUUAGUAUUUUACUAUUUAAGUUCUGAAUCUAUUGAUUAAGAGAAAAGGGCAGUGAGUGGGUCUGUUGACCUGUUGUCAUUGUGUGACCUCAGUUGACAUCAAAACCAUUAAUUGAUGUUCUGAUGCAAAUGUGUAUUUAUAAUGUUACCUAUCCAGGAAAAUAAAAUAUGUUUUAAAUAUUUAAAUAUCAC